CCGAUGUGGCUGAGAGAGGCGAGGCCGAGGCAGAGGCAGAGGCUGAGGAUCGGCUUUUCGGCAGUGACGGGGAUUUGCUGGGGCCGGCCGGUAGGCCGGGUAGGAAAGAUGGCGAUAUCGCGGGGGUUGUGGUGUUGUCAGCGGGUUUUGGCCUGGAUUCCCGUGCUUAUCAUCACUCUGGUCGUGCUGUGGUCUUACUACGCGUACGUGUUCGAGCUGUGUGUGUUUACUGUCCAGAAUGGGCUGGAGAAAGCUGCGUAUCUUGUGGUAUUUCACUUAUUUUUUGUGAUGUUUGUAUGGACCUAUUGCAAAGCUAUUUUUACAGAACCAUCUCAACCUUCCCGAAAGUUCCAAUUGUCCAGGGCUGAUAAAGAAAGGUACGAGCGAGAAGAUAGGCCUGAAGUACAGAAGCAAAUUCUCUUGGAUGCUGCUAAAAAGUUGCCAGUGUAUACCAGGACUGCAGCUGGAGCCAUCCGAUACUGCGACCGAUGUCAACUUAUUAAGCCUGACCGCUGCCAUCACUGUUCCAUCUGUGAUACAUGUGUGUUGAAAAUGGAUCAUCACUGUCCUUGGGUGAAUAACUGUAUUGGAUUUUCAAACUACAAAUUUUUUCUGCUGUUUUUGGGGUACUCGAUGUUGUAUUGCUUGUUUGUUGCUGCCACUGUUCUGCAAUACUUCAUCAUGUUUUGGACGGGUGGUCUUACUGAUGGCCGUGCAAAGUUUCACGUUCUCUUUCUUCUCUUCGUGGCUGUCAUGUUCUUCCUCAGUCUCAUGUUCCUCCUCAGUUACCAUUGCUGGCUGGUCAGUUUGAACAGAUCUACAUUAGAGGCAUUUUCAGCACCAGUAUUUCAGCAUGGUCCAGAUAAAAAUGGUUUUAACCUGGGUGUGUCGAAAAAUUUAAAGCAAGUAUUUGGACCAAAAAAGAAGUACUGGCUGCUUCCCAUCUUUACCAGUGUUGGAGAUGGGCAUUCCUUUCCAAUGAAGUCACAGUCAGAGAGUCACAAUCCGUUAUUAUCCAAUGAGGAGCACUGGGACGAGGGUGAAUCAGAUAUGGAAUACACAGCAACUGCAAGUGGCGCUACCUCUGUGACUGUUGAAAUGGAGUCCUAGCUGACCUCUGGUGCUGUUUAGCGUUCAUAGGUCACUCCCAGAGGCUACUGUAUUAUUUGAAGUGCAAAUGAGAGAACCAAAGAUCUUUGAGGGUCUUCAACAUAUCAGAUGGAACUAAGUAUUACAUGCCUUACGUCAGGCAAUCUCCUGAAGAUCUUUUUAAUAGAUAAUAUACAUGCAGGCUUUGGUUCACAAACAACUGCAUUUCCUUGCUGGGGGAGGGAACCACUGUAAAUUCAAUUACAAACUGGGUACUCAUGGACUUUGAUGUAAAUAAUGUGUGUGUGAAUGAAGCUCUAUCACAGAUACCUAAAACCAACAUUGGGAUUAAUUUAACAUUGACAUGCUACAUUUAACUCAUUAGGGUGAAGUGCUGAACAAAAGUGUUCCUUGCAUUAAUAUUGCACGGUUAAGCUACAAAUAUAGAACUGUCAAACGGAAAAAGAACUGCACUGUCUGUUCAACCAUGUGUUUGAACAAAACAGCAGUAAGUUGGUUGUUUACUGUGUUUAUAUGAAUUAAGUCAUUUCAAACCAGGUCAUUUUUUUAACAUUUUUUAAAUUUUUUUUAAAUGUGUUUAGAAGAUACUUAAAUUUAGCUAGUUUUUUUGAUAUGUUUGUAAUGUGAUGUACAUAUUUUUUAAACUAAUUUACCCUCAAAAUUAAAUAUAAUAAAAUUACUCCAAUGAGGGACCAAAGAUUUGUAAAGCAGUAUCUGCUCAAAGUUUGAAUCACUCUCAAAUCUAAGGAAAGUUCAGUUAUCUGCUAUUUAAUGCACUCAUGCCAGUGUUAACCUUUAUAGCACAGUGACAAGCCAGUUUUCAUUGUCGUUGCAUGAAGGUGUAAUUUGCAUCUACUCCGAACCAUAAUUUUGAGCAAAGAAAUGAUGAACAAAAACCUACAGUAAAAAUUCACUUGGUCUUCCACCUCCAAAGGAACAGCUCACUAAUUUAUCUGUACCCUGUGGCACAAUUCCACCCUAAAAUGUCACCUUGCACUUUCUCCCUGUGCCAACUCCAACUCAGGUGGAAUAGUCAAGGUUGAGAGUUUUCUACCUGUUUACAUUUUAUUUAAAUAAUAUAUUUAAAUUCAGGAAAGAAAUUAACUGUCGAAAGAUAGGUAUGUAAAUCUCUUUUAAAAAGUACAAGCCUUAAGAGUGGUUGAUUUUUCUGCCCGCCUAAAAAUGUGUAUAUUCACCAACCUGACAGAGGUUAAUGGAUAUUACUGUCAGAACUUUGUAACAUCUUUUCCAGGUUUCAGAUGUGACUUGUGUUCUCAUCAUGUAGCUUUUGAAUUUCCUGAAUUUUUACGUGUGGAGGUUUUCUUACUACAGGUAAGCCCUCUGAGCCCUAAGUGCUAAGAUUAAAGCAGAACAAGCUUCUUGACUGGAGGAAAUGAGUCAUAGGCUUUCAUCAUUCCAAGCAACAAUAAGGAAUAACUGCUGCUGGGUUCAGGGACAUUAAUCCACAAAGGAAUAAAAACCUGCUGAUAGGCUGGUAGAAUUUUUUGAAGGGAACUUUAAGGUAUUAAAACACUGAGCAGCUUCCAUCUUUGACAUGCAACCAAGUUAAAAGCUAAUUAUUUAUAUCAGUGCAGUUUAGUAUUUUCACUUCCCACAGUUAAAAUGUUGUUCUUACAAGUAUCACUAGCAUUCAAAGCAUUUGCCCAAUUGUCUCAUUUUAUUGUGAGAUCAUUCAGCCUUUUGUUUUCCUUUUAUCCUUGUCAAUGUUCAUCCCUCAACCAACACCUAAAACAGAUGGUUUUGCCAUUUAUUACUUUUUUUUGUGAAAUCCUAUUGUGUGCAAAUUAUCUGUUGCAUUUCCUAUACAACACUUAGUACUUUGGCUGUAAGGCACUUCGAGAUGUCCUGUGGUUGUGAAAAGUUCUGUAUGAAUGCAUAUUUGAUCUUUCUUUAUUUUCCUUCAUUAGACUCUGUUAUUGACUAAACUGAAUUACAGGAUUCAUUGUGGAUUCCCAGGAUUGUAAUAGAAACGGGUUUAUGAACACCUUUUUAUAUUUAAAUGAAUGGUGUAAAACUGCUCCUUCCUGUUAAAAGCAAAACACUGCGGAUGCUGGAAAUCCAAAACAAAAACAAAAAUACCUGGAAAAACUACACUGUAUUCCUCUCCGCAGAUGCUGUCAGACCUGCUGAGUUUUUCCAGGUAUUUUUGUUUUUGCUCCUUCCUGUUGUCUGAUAAGAACACACUUCCUCUCUGACUUCAUGAUGCAAACCCAUCUGGCAGUUGAGGCAACGGUAAUGCAAGGAAAUUGAAUUCCUGAUAGGAAUCUGUCUAUAUUAAAAGGGGCAUUGAAUAGUUUGCUGUCCCGUAUAACGAAACUUCUGGAUUCUUCAGAUACUAUAAAUGCUGUCACAGCUGUGCACAGGUGUUUUUUUGUUGAAAUCCUUUGGAUGAAAUGUUUCGUUUUUAUUUUCAAUUGCAUUGUGGAUAUAUAUUUAAGAGCUUUCUUGUCACAGGCUAAAAACCCUUUAGGCUAAACCCUCUACUAUAAACCAAUCAGUGACUUAAUUACAAGUAGGUUGUAAAUAAUCCAGUUUUUUUUUAAACGGAUGAAUAUGUAGAAAUUGAAACUAAUUUUUGCAAUAGCAGUUUUUUGAAGUGCAGGUUUAGCAAAGUGGAAGUAAUUAUGUGGCAUAUCCUAAGAAUUCUGUUUGAUAACCCUGAAAUUUCCUUUUUGUAAUGUGACACCUAUGCAACAUACAGGCACACGUGUUCUAGAACUGAGAAUUGAAGAGUCUGAUCCUUGAUGUUUGGCUGAUGUUUAAGCAGCUUUGAUAAAUACACCAGGCCUUCACAAGUUUGAAUUCUAACUCCACAUGCAGACAAAACUUUAGUACUUUAUUUAAAAACAAGGCUAUCAGAUCGUCCUACAGUGGAGUCCAUUUUUUUAAAAAAUGGUAUUCCAAUGUAAAGGCGGGCUCAGUUCCUGUAAUAGACUUUACUGAAAACUGCACUGUAAGACUACAAAACAUUCCCGCAUACAUUAUCAUCUGUUGCAAUGUAAGCACCUCUCAGAUUUUCAGCUAUAUGAUGACUUCAGGCUCUGUUUUUGUAGGAGCAACUUUUCAGUGCCAUUGCUACAUUUAAUGUCAGUUUCCAACAUGUUGACAGAGAAAAAUAAUUUUAAGCAUAGCUGGGUUGUUAGAAAUUAUUUCAAUGUAACAGAAAACAUUCAUGCAUUCAUGAUAUUCCUCUGCUGCUACAGCAGAAAGAACUGGUGCACUUGCUAAAUCCUCGUACAGAAUUUUCCAAUGAUCAGACACAGCUACUGUUGGGCAGAAAAUAUUACAUGGGAUCUUUUUUAAUUUGCACUAGCCACUAGAUAUUUUUGAAGGGGGAGGAAGAUGAUCAUAAAUGAUCCUUGAUUUGUUUUGAGAGAUAGACAAUUGGGUCUUUGUAAUAUUUUCGAGGAAUUAUAUUUAUAUAGAUUAUUCUGUUUUUCUGCCAGAGUGCAUUUAGUUUUAUGCAAGAUUAGAUUUUUAUUAGUUUAUCUUGACUUGCAGACAAUCUCUCUCUUCCCCCCACCCCUCACUCCAUGUUUUUUAAAGUGAGAAGUGCAAGUAAAAAGAGUGCUGUAAUGUGAGAAAUUUCUGGAUUUAGAAAAUGUCUCUAGAACAGUUAUGUGGAGAAAUGCAAAUAGAAAUAAAAUUCCUAUUUCUACUGCUGGAAUUGCAGUGAUGAAGAAGAGCUUUGAAUGAUUUUUCAAUGCUAACAAAGCACUCAAUUAAUACUUUUUGAGUAUCAAAAAGUUAAUGCAGUUGUCUAAAAUAAGCCAUGAUUGUUCAUUGCCUAAUGUAAUCUGAAUCUCCACCAGUGAGCUGAUAAAGCCCAGUGUGACUUUGUUACUGAUUAAUUAUCUGGUAAAUUGCAGAUAUUUUUACCAUAUCACAGAGCUGUCAGAGGCCAUCCAUUGCAAAUUAAACUAGCACAGAAUGAUGUCAUAUUGAACCAGGAGUCAUUAAUUGUUACUAUACAUACUUUUUCCUGAGUGUCUUUGAGAUGGGUUUUGAAGUAAAACAGAAGUGGAUUUUGGAAUGCGACAGAUAAUAAAGCCCUUAAAUUUGUGUGCCUAUUUCUUAUUCAUUGGUUUCUAUGCAACCUUAUAGAUAAUAACCUAGCUGAGGAUGGAUUGUAUAUUCGGUUUAUGGUAAGGGUAAUAAAAUACUGCCUUUUUAAGAACUUG